UCAUUAAUUGUCAGAUUGUCAAAUGUCAUGAUCCGGGGUGGUGUUUUGCGAAACUGUGGUGUUUUAUUUUCGAAGAAAAUACGCAGAAAUAUUUCUAUGCACAAAAUGUCUGAGAAACCAGCGGAUCAUGUCACUACAAAUGGAUUAGAAACCAAAACACCAUUUUUAAUAGGCGUAGCUGGUGGUACAGCUAGCGGUAAGUCGACAGUAUGCCAAAGAAUAAUGGAGAAGCUAGGUCAACAGCACAAAGACAACACAGAGAGGAGAGUGGUGUGUAUCAGUCAGGACUCUUUCUACCGCACCCUCACACCGUCAGAGAGGCUCCGAGCUGAGCGAGGCCAGUUCAAUUUUGACCACCCCGAUGCAUUUGAUGAUAAAAAACUAUUGACUGUUCUUAAGGAUAUACUCACUGGCAAGAGGGUUGAAGUUCCUGAAUAUGACUAUAUCACAAACUCUAUAAGCAACCGAUCGCACACAAUCUACCCGGCGGAUGUGGUCCUCAUAGAGGGCAUCCUAGUGUUCUACUUCCCCGAGGUCAGAGACUUGUUCCACAUGAAGCUAUUUGUUGAUACUGACUCCGAUACGAGAUUAGCGAGGCGAGUGCCUCGCGACAUCAUGGAGAGAGGUCGUGACUUGGAACAAGUGCUUAAUCAGUACAUGAACUUUGUGAAGCCUGCUUUUGAGGAGUUCUGUUUACCGACUAAAAAGUUUGCUGACGUCAUAAUACCAAGGGGAGCAGAUAAUUUGGUGGCUAUCGACCUCAUCGUGCACCAUAUUUGGGACAUCCUGUACAAGAAGAGGCCAGUCGUCAACGGUUGCAAUGGCACGCAUCUCGAAGUGGACGAGAACGGUGGAAGACGCAUGUCCGGAAGCUCCGAAGACACACUCAUUGCCAUUGAUCUGAUAGUUCAGCAUAUAUCCGAGUACCUGAAGCGGAAACCGAGCGACAAGUCUCACCUGGGCUACCCGUCCCUCGCCACCUCCCUGCCGGCGAGCCCUCAGCGGGGCGGGAAAAUUGGUCGGCCGCACUAAACUGUCAAAGUGACAGCUUUAAGACAAGAAAUGAUUUUUUUUUCGUUCAUGUAGCAAUUAUUUUACAAGGCUCACCGCUCAAAUUGUUCAUAGGUAUUGACUAUGACAAUAAUUCGGUAGUAAAUUAAGUAUUAAUCUUAUGACACAAAGAGGCUCGUAUAUUUUCAAUGCAAAAAUUUGCAAGGUUGUCCUAGUUUAUAUUGGCACUUUUUGGUGAAAUGUUAGUUCCUAAUUACCAACUAAAUGAAAACUUUUGAAAAGGUAAAGUAAUUGUUAUUUGGACCUACUUUUUGUUGAAUGUGGAUUUAAAACGUUUUGAAGGUAGAUAAGAGGUAUUGAGUUUUUUUUUAUCGAGGUGAAAUAUUGUAUUUUUUUGCCUAGAAAGUAGUAUUCGCCUUGAAAGUACUUUAGUAACUGAGCACAGUUUCACUAAAAAGACGACUAAAUAGGCCUUGUUCGUGUCUAAGGAAUAAAACAGCAAGGUAAAUAUAAGAAAAUUAUGAGAAAUAACCGAAAAAUUAACACCCUGUAUAUAGGCUUUGUUUCAUCACAAACAAAAGCAGUUUUAUUAGAAAGAUGAGAAGAAAAGAAGACAAUUGAAAUUAUUGUAAUACUAUCUACUAUUAGCAGUAGAUGGAAAUAGUAGUUUUAAAAUACGCAGAAUCACGAAAUUAUCAUCUCUAGUUUUAAAUUGAACUCGGAACUAGUCUAAGUAUGCUUGUGAUAACUUUUUGGCUCGGUACUUAUCGUAAAGUAACCGAAAUUUUGAUA